AUGUUUGUGGAGCUGGUCCUUGGGAUCAACUCCCUCAUAUCAGUUUUCUGCAUUAUUACGUCCGUAUUCUCAAUACUAGCAUUCACCCAUAUACGAUAUGUCCCCAUACUUGUAUUUGCUAUUGCCGGGUUUGUUCUAGUGGCAGUUUUAUUAGCCAUCUGUUCCACAACACUCAUAACAAGACGAGCAUCUCCGAUCUCCAUCGUCUUGCAAUUAUCAGCGUCAUGUUUCUACCUUGCCAGCGGCACACUCCUCAUAGUGCAGAUGGUCCAAAAUCAUAUUGGACAAACAAAUAAUCCUAGACAUUGGCAAGUAAUUGUUCUAGUUCUCUUCAUUGUCAAUAUCAUAUUCAUAGUAGCCUCCUCGACUAUGGUACUCAUUAGUCACAGGUUUCAAUCAAAGAUCAAAGAUGAAGAGAUGAUGACCCCACUUUCUUCUUCUAACAACACCCAAGUAUCAAGUACUUACAGUGAAAAUAGAGGGAAGCAAGAUUUGGUAUCCAAGAAAAUAUCUGAAAAAACAUUGAUAAACCAAGAUAUAGAUGAUGAGCAGACCAUACAAGAUAUUUUAGAAACAGCAGAAAAUGAGAAAGAAUCCCAACCCAACUAUUCCAGCUUCACUAAUUCGAACUGGAUGGAUUCAGCUGCAGAAUUAAAUGCCAUCAUUCGUCCAGAUCUGGAGUUAACAAGAAAUUCCAGCGAGUCCAAGAGGUCUAGAAGAAAUACCUUCAAGAUAUUUACAUCCAACAGACCAAACGUUCCCCGUCUGGUAGACUUAAGAACAAGUAAGAGUGUACCAAGUUUGUUCAAAUCGCAUAGUCCUAAGAAUCUGGAAUUUACUGAUAAGUUUAUGGAGCUGCAGUCUUCAUUUGUCUUAAAGUCGAUGUCCACUACCAAACUUCCUGAGAAUACUUCCAAAGUGUCACUUUCCACCAUUAUGACCGAGUCAUCGUCCACAAACAUGAAGAAUAGCUCAAGUGGAUUACAAUUGCAUAGAACAAUCUCAUUACUCAACUCCAACUGCUCUGAAACCAAUCUACAGAUGGACCAUAUCACAGAAGUGGACGACAUGGUACUUUCUGAAAAAGUCAAAAGAUCCAAAUCUACCUCAUGCAUUGGACCAUCUAAGAAACUGAAAAGAAAUCAGAUGUGGAACUCUAUCAAUGGCGAAAGAAUGUUCCUAGCUCAAGUGAAUGAAUCCAUCUUGCCUCCCGUUCUCAAAAGUGGAGAAAGUCGCAUUAUGGAGGUGAAGAGAAGGCAAGAAUCAUACAUGUCUGAAACUUUGUCUUUGACAGAAAUUGAAAAUAUGGUGGUUGAACAAUAUAAUGAAGUUGAUAAUACGUUUCCAGCUUCUACAACUUUGCCAACUUCCACCAUAGUUCCAGCCUCAAACAUAGAUGAAGAAGCACCUAAUCUUCCUACUACAUUAAGUCCAGUUGGUGAAUCUGAGAUAGAGACCCCUAAUAUUGAAGGCAUAGAUGACUUAGAUUCUGCAAACUUACCUUACGUGGAGGAAUUUGCAGAGCCUAUUGACCAGAGCUAUUUCCACGGAUUUGAUGUGAAUGAAAUUACAAUUGACGAAGUUCCCAUCAAGAACAGUUCCCGAAAGAUAGGUAUUUAUGAAUUUGAAAAUAAGCCCUACCUUCUUCAUCACGAGGAGCAGAACCACAGAGAAGAUUAUAGGACAGCACUUAACGGACUAGAGAAAAUUCCGAGACAAGACGAUGGCGAGAAUUCUAUCUGGAAAGCAGAAAAUUCACCAUCGUCAAAUCAUAUCAAUAAUAUCUCCUUGGAAGAAUGGAAUCAAAAAGCCGAAGCAUAUGAACAGAGAAGGACAAGAUCUGGAGCAAACUUUACAGGAGUAGUGAAAUUGGUUAGUAGUAAUAAUUUAAAGACUUUGAAUGACUUUGAAGAAACUUCCCAAAGUCAAACACUCCACAAAGAAUUCAUAUUGCCUCCUGUUGAAGCUAGGUUAGAUAACAUUGAUAACAUAUCAGAUUUUAACAGUACUACUGGUAGUGCUAGAAGACCAUCAUACAACCUACUGAGCAGGUCCCUCAGUGCCCCAUCUUUGCAUACAUACCGAAACAUUAGUCUGAGCAGUAAUGGAUGUUCGGUAAAAACACCUUCUGACUAUCAGACAAUACCAAUACAAACCAAAAUAGUUCUGCCAAUGGCAGAGAGUGUUAAUGAAUUCAACUCUGUAUCUUCUUCUCCAAUCAAGAAGAUUCUUGAGAGCCCAAGAAGAAUCAGCAAUGCGUUCAAGAAAAGAGCUAGACUCAGUAUCGGGAAUAGUGACAUUGAAAGAUCUAGAUACCACAAGCACACCAGUUCGUCCAUUUCCAAUGCCAUGUCAGUAGGUUCAGCUGUGUCGUCCAGGUCAGGAUCUCCUCGUAAGUCUCUCAAAUCUAUUCUUACUACUAGAUCUCAUCACAGACACAGCUCUUCUGUGCCCUCUUUUCCUCUUCCUCAGACAAAGUUACAUUAUCACAGCAUGGUUCCUCCCUCAUCUAACUUAUUUUCUGCCUACGGGCAGCCAAAUAUAUCACAUGUUGGUGAAGAGCCCAUAGACUUCUGGGAACUCGAAAGUGGGCCAAGUUCAGAUAGAUCUAGAGUCAGUUCUGUUCCCAGCGCAGUGAUAGGAGAGUACGACAGAGAGAAGUGGAGAACACUUAAAGCAUUGCAGAACAAUGACCAGUUUGAGUUUGACGUCAGCAUAUAA